AUGGGUGUUGAUGCAAAUAUCGCGAUGUCGGGCAGGUCUCAACAGAGAUUGCCUAUCAGGAAGAAAACUAAGCGCGAACAGCGGCGCGAGCGCUUCUGCGCGCGACUGUACCGGGCGGGGCGUGUGGGCGGCCGCCGGGGCGAUCGCGAGCGCGCCAAAGCGGGGCGGCACUCGACUCGGCUCCCGGGCCACUCGAUGCCCGAUCACGACAAGUACCAGUUGCGUCCGCGGGCCGCGCGCAGCCGAGAGCCGCGCGCGCGCCGAGCGCCCCAGCCGCUCAGCAAGUACCGCAGGAAGACGGCGAACGCGCGCGAGCGCAGCCGCAUGCGCGAGAUCAACCGCGCCUUCGAAGCUCUGCGGAGGGCGGUGCCCGCCGCCGCGAUAACCGGCAGCCCGGUGCCGUGCGAGAAGCUGACCAAGAUCACGACUCUCCGGCUGGCGAUGCGGUACAUAGCCGCGCUGUCGGCCGCCCUGCGCGACGGGCCCGAGAUCGACGAGACCCCCGAGCGGUGGCCCUCGCCCCUGUGCUCGGACCUGUCUGAGCUCUCGACGGAGCGCGAGCACUCCGAGUUCGCGGAGGACUCGCUGUCGCCAUUCGACACGUUCUUCGCGGAGUUCGACUGCGUGGACAUUGACAGGACAUUUGCG